UGCGCUCGCUGGCGCGCGCGCUCUCUUUCUCUCUCUUCGCUGCACUGUACUGUUCUUUAUCUCUCUCGCUCUCUCUCUUUACGAUACUGGCAUUGGCGGAGGGGAGCGGCGCAGAUGCUUGCACCGCCGUUUGGUUUGGAUCGAAGAGUUAGUGAGAUUUCUUCAACGUUUUCAACGAUUACGACUAGGGUUAGGGUUUAUAAUUUUCCCCGUCCCUUUCCGUCUCUAUCGUUGGCUGGCUUUUGUACUGUAGAUCGGGAAAUAGUUUGUUUUCUCCGAUACCGGCAUUCCCGAGGCCUAGCCUGUUUCUUAUUUCCCUUUCCUUGCUCUUUUUCUUUUUGUUUGAUCGUUUCCACCGAUGAGAGAUUUGUAUUGUUGUUAUUCUGAUUGUUGUUUUCGUUGUUUUCUUCGGGAAAGUCGGUUGGGUUUGGGGGAAUUCUUCUUUGUUAUGUUACUAUUCACUAUUAUUUGAUGCUGGUAUUUAUGGAAUGGGCUCGUGUGGGUUUUUUUGGGAAUACUCAGCAUACUCGGUGUGUUGGAAAUCUGAUAAAUCCACCAGGGAUAUAGUAAUUUCGUGGAGGGGGGUAGUUCAGCAUCGAAAGGAAGGAGGAAGAUUAGUGAUUUGAUAGAGAGAUAAAAGAGAAACAUGGGUGAAUCCCUUCUGUCUUCCCUUUCGAUGAAGAGCCACCAUCUUUCCACCGCACUGUCAAUUGAGCCCACAGGUGCCGGUGCAAACACCAUGUGUCCUUCCAAUGAGAACACCGAACGCGAGCUCUUGAUCCAGCCACGUCAACAGAUGGCCCUCUCCCGUCCCGCACCUGAUAUCAACCUGCCCCUCUCUGCUGAACGGUCCCCUCCACCACUUUUCUGGAGCUCAGAUGCCUUUGAAACCAUAGACGUUAGCCUUGGCCCUCAGAUCUAUGAGGCAGAAGCUACUGUCCUCCAUCUCCCUAGACUCUGCAACCGCAAGUGCGUGAAGAGGGGGGACAGCAUUUGGGGAGCGUGGUUCUUUUUCAAUUACUACUUCAAACCCAUUCUCUCUGUGAAGUCCAAGGCAAAGGUCAUCCAUGACUGUAAUGGGUUCUCUGAUUUUGAAAAAUCUGAUCUGAAACUUGAUGCUUUCCUUGUCCAACAUGAUAUGGAGAAUAUGUACAUGUGGGUUUUCAAGGAGAGGCCUGAGAAUUCAUUGGGCAAGAUGCAGCUACGAAGCUACAUGAAUGGGCACUGUCGCCUUGGUGAACCUCGAUUCCCUUUCAUUGCUGACAGGGGGUUUGUCCGAUCCCACCGGAUGCAACGGAAGCAUUACCGGGGUUUGUCGAACCCACAGUGCAUCCAUGGAAUUGAGGUUGUGAGGCAGCCCAUUUUGACCAGCGUUUCUGACGCGGAUCAGAAGAAAUGGAUUGAGCUUACAGGAAGGGACCUUAACUUCACAAUACCACUAGAGGCUAGUGAUUUUGGGUCUUGGAGAAAUCUUCCAAGCAUGGAUUUUGAGCUUGAGAGACCUCUUCUGUUGAAGAACAGUAUACAUCCCAAUCCAAGAAGACCACUAGGUGGAUCUGACUUGAAUCUAUCAACUGAGCCAUUGAAUCACGAUUUGAUGGAACUUUCUCCACAUUCCAACAAACGCAAGAAGGAUUUAUUCCCUCAGGCUAUGGAUGAUGAUUGCUGCUUGCCUUCCAAUCCUUAUUUAGAGAGGUCGCAACAUAUGGACAUCCACCCUGGUGAGCCUUCUUGGAUCAAUGAAUUUAGCGGGUUGAUGAGGCAUGUAUACGGUCCAGUUACUGCUGCCAAAACAAUAUAUGAAGAUGAUGAUGGCUAUCUUAUAGUGGUGAGUUUGCCCUUCUCUGAUCAGCAGCGGGUGAAGGUUUGUUGGAGGAACAGCCUCAAUCAUGGAGUUGUAAAGAUAUCUUGUGUCAGCACUGGACGGACGCCUUUUCUGAAGAGACACGAUAGAACAUUUAAACUAGCAGAUUCUUCUGCUGAGCACUGUCCUCCUGGGGAGUUUGUAAGAGAAAUUCCUCUGGCAACUCGAAUUCCAGAGGAUGCUAAUAUAGAAGCUUACUAUGAUGAGACUGGCUCCAUCCUUGAGAUCAUGGUUCCUAAGCAUCGCGUUGGGCCGGAAGAACAUGAAGUUCAUGUGUCCAUGCGCCCUCCUCAUCUGGAUACAAAUGAGCUUAUGUUGACUUGAGAAUAUUAUGAUUGAAGCCUGCAAUACUGGUUGCUGUGGCCAAGUUUCUGGUAUUUACUAACUAUGAUAUCAUUCAAAGAAGCUCAUGAAGGGAUCAUUAGUCCCCAUUUCAGGCACUUUGGUUUACUUAUUUGUUAUAAUUAAAUUUGGUUUUCUUCUUCCUUAGAAUUUGGAGCUGAAGGCCCUCCCAUAUUUCUCCAAACAGCCAUGGUAUGUGUUUGUUUUGAAUACCUCUUUUUCAUAAGUGGAUAUGCACAGUGAGAUAAGUUGGUGUGGAAAUUAGCUCUAUUUGUUUUAUCGGCAACCUUUUCUUUGUUUGGUUGUCUUGUACCUGUAGUUUUCUUGUCUUGUACUAUUAGCUUUCUCCCAAAUUGAUUGGAUAAGUUGGUGUUU